AUGAAGAGAACGUCAAUAUCUUCGCAACGGAGCAACGAGAGAAGCCCUCUUCUCUCCGCUCAGCAACCCACAUCAAGUCGGCCUUCAGAAGAUGCGAUCCCUUCUCGUUCCCUCUCACCUGCAUUCAAAGCCUCUGCGCUUCCAGCAUCCGCAACAAGAUCACGUAAAGUCUCGAUCACCACAAGGCCAUCAUUCGAUCAACAAGAUGCACCCGAAACAGCACGCCUUCUCGAUCGGACUCCAGACAGCAGUCCAAUUCAAGACCGUCAUCAUUCCAUCUCUGCCUCUGGCGACAUUGAGCGCGGUAGCUCGUUCGAAGAUCACGAUGGCAUCAACGAGCUUCCCUUCCCAUCCCAACAGGAUCCUUCAAAGCUUCUACGUCCGAAGAACUAUCGCAUGAAGAACAACGCUUCCAAGUUGAGAGGCUUUAUUCAGCGGAAUGAGGGUAUCCUACUCCUCGGUCUGGCUCAGUUGUUCUUCUCGACAAUGAACUUCUUCUAUAAGCUGAUUAACAUGCUUCCACCAGAAGAGAGUGCACCCGUCACGGCGCUCGAAAUCAUCCUAAUCAGGAUGUCCAUCACUUGGGUUGGUUGUGUCGGCUUCAUGCUCGUUUCUGGUGUCGAGAAUCCAUUUUUGGGGCCCAAGGAAGUUCGUAAGCUUUUGGCUUUGCGAGGCUUUGUUGGCUUCUUUGGUCUUUUCGGUCUAUACUACUCACUUCAGUUCCUAUCGCUUGCCGAUGCGACUGUCAUCACCUUCUUGGCUCCUCUCGCUACUGGCUUGCUCGGCUUGCUCGUACUUGGUGAGCCAUUCACCCUUCGUGAGGCAUUGGGUGGUAUCAUCAGUCUAUCAGGUGUCGUCUUGAUUGCACGACCGGCUUUCAUCUUUGGUCGUAAGGCUGCUGAUUCCGACCUCGACCAUCCACUCACUGUCGAUCUCCUCAAUGUGACCGACACUGAUGGCCACAAUGCUACCCUCCAAGCAGGCGUCGCCGUCCUCAAGCAUCUCGUGCAGAACUUGACUGCAACUGAUGUCUUGAGACGAAACAGCGCCAACACGACGCUGAUUAACGGCGCAGAUGGCCUAGUCGCCAUUGACGGCGUCACUGAGAAGCAGCGUCUUUUUGCUGUUGGUCUUGCAUUGCUAGGAGUCUGUGGAGGCGCGGGAGCGUACAUCACCAUCCGUGCUAUCGGUCAUCGAGCAUCAGCAACCCAUUCAGUCGCUUACUUCUCGCUCUACUCGACCAUCGUUAGCGGCUUCCUAAUGUGGUUUACAGGGACACACUUCCUCCUCCCCACUCAGCCAAAGUGGAUCGCACUUCUUGUGUGCGUCGGAAUCUUCGGUCUCGCUGCACAGAUCUUGCUGGCUAUGGGUCUACAGCGAGAAAAGGCAGCAAGGGCUGUAUCGCUGACGUAUUUGCAGAUCGUUUAUGCAUCCUUGUAUCAGUUAGUCUUCCUGCACGUGCCGAUUCAGCCACUGAGUGGCUUAGGGAUGCUUAUUAUCCUCGUUUCUGCUGCCUGGGUGGCUGCUGCCAAGGCCUGA